AUGGCUCUUGGAAUGGUAUAUGCGAGUCGUACGCUACAUGAAGGAAUCUUAAAAAACAUUCUUCAUUCGCCUAUGGCUUUCUUUGACGUUACACCUCUGGGUCGUAUUUUGAAUAGGUUUGGAAAGGACAUGGAUACGGUGGAUUCGACUUUACCAUAUUGCAGCAGAUCAUUUGUUGGAACUGCUUUGAACGUUUUGAUGACGAUUGUAGUAAUUCUGUAUGCGACUCCCACUUUUGGUGCUGUUAUACCAGUUCUUUCUACCGUCUACUACAUUGUUUUGGACUUGGAUACAGUGGAUUCUCGCCUCCCUGCUGCGUUAGUUAGUGCUGUGGCCUACUAUGUCUAUGGCUUCUUUUCGGCACUUAUUCCGGUUGUUGUAACUCCUCCAGUUCUUUUCGUAUUCGUCAUCAUCUCGACAGCCUAUUUUUAUUUGAUGCAGUGUGAAAUCUUCUCAUUUUUAGCGUUUCUACGUGUCCACAUCAAGGCAACUGAAGAGAUUGGAAUCUACCACGAGGUCGCCAAUAUAUUCACACUUUCAAGAGCUUCAUGCAUUAGAGCCUAUCGUUGUGUCGACCGCUUUAUCAGAGAAUCACAGCAGCGUGUGGAUGACAAUCUUGCAACUUACUACCCUUCUAUAGUCGCAAAUCGAUGGCUUGCUGUUCGUCUGGAGUUAAUCGGUAAUCUCAUAGUUGCUUUUUCGGCAAUUUUCACCGUCUUGUAUCGUGACAGUGGAGGAGUGACUGCUGGGUUGGCUGGCCUUUCUGUUUCUUAUGCUCUUAAUAUAACACAAACAUUAAACUGGGCGGUGAGAAUGACAAGCGAGCUUGAAACUAACAUUGUGGCUGUUGAGCGUUUGAAAGAAUAUGCUGAGACUCCUACUGAGGGUUUGAAAAAUGGGACUGUACCAAAAAAGCCACCUUCGGAUUGGCCAUCAAAGGGCGAAAUACUGAUGAAAAAUUUGUAUUUGCGAUACCGCCCGAAUUUGGACUGUGUAUUGAAAGGCAUAACAGCACAUAUCUAUGCCAACGAGAAAGUUGGAGUAGUGGGUCGUACAGGCGCAGGCAAAAGUUCUUUAAUGCUUGCGCUGUUCCGCAUUGUUGAGGCUGAUUCUGGAUCGAUUGAAAUUGAUGGUAGUGAUAUUGCGAAAAUUCCAUUGGAGAAUUUAAGAUCGAAACUUACAAUCGUACCUCAAGAUCCCGUCUUGUUUUCUGGAACAUUGAGGAUGAAUCUUGAUCCUUUUGAACGUUUUGAAGACGAGAAAAUUUGGGACGCUUUGAGGAUGGCCCAUUUAGAGCCUUUUGUGGUGUCUCUUCCGGAUCGUUUGGAGCAUAUGAUAUCUGAAAGUGGUCAAAACUUGAGUGUUGGGCAGAGGCAGUUGAUCUGUUUAGCUCGCGCGCUAUUGAGGAAAACAAAAAUUCUUGUCUUGGACGAAGCAGCGGCUUCAGUAGACAUGGAAACUGAUUCUCUUAUUCAGAAAACGAUUCGAGAGCAGUUUGCUGACUGUACUGUGUUGUCGAUAGCUCAUCGCCUCCAAACCGUUAUAGAUCUUGAUAGACUAAUGGUAAUGGACGAUGGUGUUGUCGUGGAGUUCGACAGUCCUAAAGUGCUUCUGAAAAAAGAGUCUUCCUUGUUUUACUCAAUGGCAAAGGAUGCCAGUUUAGUGGAGUGA